AUGGGGCUUUGUAAGUGUGCGAAGAAGAGAGUAACGAGUUUAUUUUGUUUUGAACAUCGAGUCAACGUUUGUGAGUAUUGUUUAGUGGAAAAUCAUUGCAAGUGUGUUGUUCAAAGUUAUCUCUCAUGGUUGGCAGAUAGUGAUUACGAUACCAACUGUACGCUGUGUUCCAAGCCAUUAGAAUCCAGAGAAACUGUUCGCUUGAAAUGUUUACAUUUGUUCCAUUGGGAAUGUUUAGAUGGAUGGGCACGUCGUUUACCGGCAAAUACAGCCCCAGCUGGAUAUAAGUGUCAGCAGUGUCAGGAGAGUAUAUUUCCAGCUCCUAAUCAAACAUCACCGAUUAUUGAGCAUUUACAAGCCGCGUUACAACAGGCAAAUUGGGCUCGAGCUGGACUUGGAUUAUCCUUGUUGCCAGAACUUGACAGUUUACCAUCACCUGCGUCAUUUAUUCCAUCGGUAGUAACACAUUCUGUAAAUGAACAACAGAAAUAUAUGAAUGGACACGAUGUUUCCCAUGAAGCGAAGCCCAACAUCGGCAAUAUUCAGAGUGGUACAUUAACUACUGUGGUUGAUGUAGGGGACGAGUACAACCAACAACGUCAAUUUACUGUUAGAAAAUCUACGAAUUUGGAUGAAAGCAAUUAUAUGAUUACAAGUCCUUUAUUACUUCCAAAAGAUCGUGAUGAAGAUUUGCCGGAAAACAAAUAUAAACGAAGAUCAGCUACUGAGUGGCUAAACCGCUGGUUCAGAUCACGCUACGAUAGGCGUACUAUCUUUGAUCCUCGUGUGCAGUGGAAACGAGGAAUUUUUUAUAUUAUAAUUUGCAUUAUAACAGUGAUGACAAUAUUUACAGUGCUUUCACGCCUAGUGGAUAACGGAUCCAAUGAUGAUCCAGCGUUCAAUCCUCUCGCUAAUCCAAACAUUCGUAUUGCAUUUUCGGAACAUAGUCAAUAG